AUGGGGAAUCGCAGCACCGCGGACCCGGACGGGCUGCUGGCCGGACGCGGGCCGGGCGCGGGGGCGGCUGCGGGGCUGGCAGGGCCGGGCGCGGCGGCGCUGAUUGGGGGCGUGCUGCUCAUCGGCGCGGUGCUCGCGGGGAACUCGCUCGUGUGCGUGAGCGUGGCCACCGAGCGCGCCUUGCAGACGCCCACCAACUCCUUCAUCGUGAGCCUGGCGGCCGCCGACCUCCUGCUCGCCCUCCUGGUGCUGCCGCUCUUCGUCUACUCCGAGGUCCAGGGUGGCGCGUGGCUGCUGAGCCCCCGCCUGUGCGACGCCCUCAUGGCCAUGGACGUCAUGCUGUGCACCGCCUCUAUCUUCAACCUGUGCGCCAUCAGCGUGGACAGGUUCGUGGCCGUGGCCGUGCCGCUGCGCUACAACCGCCAGGGCGGGAGCCACCGGCAGCUGCUGCUCAUCGGCGCCACGUGGCUGCUGUCCGCAGCGGUGGCGGCGCCCGUGCUGUGCGGCCUCAACGACGUGCGCGGCCGUGACCCCGCCGUGUGCCGCCUGGAGGACCGCGACUACGUGGUCUACUCGUCCGUGUGCUCCUUCUUCCUACCCUGUCCGCUCAUGCUGCUGCUCUACUGGGCCACGUUCCGCGGCCUGCGGCGCUGGGAGGUGGCCCGUCGCGCCAAGCUGCACGGCCGCGCGCCCCGCCGACCCAGCGGCCCCGGCCCUCCUUCCCUUGUGCCCCGCCUUCCCCAGGACCCCUGCGGCCCUGACUGCGCGCCCCCGGCGCCCUGCCUCCCCCAGGACCCAUGCGGCCCCGACUGCGCGCCCCCCGCGCCCGGCCCUCCCCAGGGUCCCUGCGGCCCCGACCGUGCGCCCCCAGCGCCCGGCCUUCCCCAGGGUCUCCGCGGCCCCAACUGUGCGACCCCCGUGCCCGGCCUCCCCCCGGACUCCUGCGAUUCCAACUGUGCGCCUCCAGACGCCGUCCGAGCCGCUGCGCUCCCACCCCAGACCCCACCGCAGACCCGCAGGAGGCGGCGUGCCAAGAUCACCGGCCGGGAGCGCAAGGCCAUGAGGGUCCUGCCUGUGGUAGUCGGGGCCUUCCUGCUGUGCUGGACGCCCUUCUUCGUGGUGCACAUCACACAGGCGCUGUGUCCUGCCUGCUCCGUGCCCCCGCGGCUGGUUAGCGCGGUCACCUGGCUGGGCUACGUCAACAGCGCCCUCAACCCCGUCAUCUACACUGUCUUCAACGCCGAGUUCCGCAAUGUCUUCCGCAAGGCCCUGCGUGCCUGCUGCUGAGCCGGAUCCCCACCCCCACCCCCCGCGGCCUGGGCACCGGCCUGGUGGCCAGGCCUCCGGGACCAAGGAUAUGGGGAGGGCGGUUUUGUACGUUAAUUAAACAAAUUCCUUCCCAAA